AUGAGCAAACGGGCAGCUCUGUUCUACUCUGGAUCAAGAGCUCAGUCCAAGAACGGCGGCCGCAGCAACGUGAGAAAAGCUCUCGGGGUUGAGCUCAAGGGGUUUACUUGGGAGUCAUUACAGCUUGUGGCUGUCAACUUCCAGUACGCCUUAGGUGAACUGGGUUGGAAAAAAGCCAACUUCAUCGUUGACCAGGUGUGCUGGGGCGUCAUAAUCAAACGGGGUAAGGGGAACAGUUGGCGGUUUGCUACAGGAAUUCAGGCCCCAAAUACCGGCAAUGGAAUUCUGGAUGAUGCCACUGUCAAAGUGGUGAAAGACCGACUAAUGCGUCUACUCCCUGGGGACACUGGCCAGAUUGAAUGGGAGGAUAUGGCCCCCUACAAGGUACAUCAGCGCUGCGCAACUACUUUCCGAAAAGGCAACGUUCUGUUGGCAGGAGAUGCCGCUCAUCUGAACAGUCCUAUCGGAGGACUUGGUUUGACCACUGGGCUUCUCGAUGCCGCACACCUUGCUGAGAGCUUACGGCAGACGUUACUCGAAAAUGCAGAGCCAAUCGUGCUUGAACAGUACGCCGAGAUUAGGCGGAGCAUAUUUCUGCACAGGACGAACCCGCUAUCCACAGACAACUUUAACAGGCUUAGGUCACAGGACCCCGAGCAUGUACGGCAGAGAGACGAGUUUUUUGCCAAGCUGAACAAGUCCAAGGAUAUUGCCACAGUACUCCAAGUCGGGUUACCAGAUUACGCAUUGUCAAGUACAUCCAAGACUACUUUCUCGACUUAUGAAGAGGUUACAUGGUUCAUAACAGUGACCAAGCUUGAUGGUUGGAGCGAUGAGAAACUCGCGCACGAGUACAAGGUUGUUCACGCCAACAUGACACGUCAGGGAAAAGAGCAUGGAGCGCCAACACGACGCUACACGCAGUACAAGAACCUCUACCAGCAAGUUCCCGGCACCAAGCAAGCUGGCUGGGCUUAUGUGACCUGCAUCGUGUUCCCGAAUUUAUUUCUGGUUCAUGCUGGCUUUCAAGAUCCUGGUUAUAAGGCGACUGCGGGAGCACACCACUUCUGUCGACUGGAUCAGCAAGGCUGCUUGACGAGAACGAUUUCAGAGUUUUCAAAGGGAGACAGCAAGUCAAUUAUCAGGGCUCUUUUAUUCCACGAGAGGUGCUCGGCAACCGACGAAUGCUCCCAAGAUUGGGUGCAGGAGCGAGCCGCCAAGUUUUCGACAAGAGUAAAGUCUGAUGACAGGGCCUACGGAUAUGUUCUUUGGCAGGAUAUGACACCCAAGAACUCCAAGACACUGUUUCGAGAUAGUCAGUUCGAAAGCGGAAGGUGGCACGAGUUCAAAGCCGUUGAGGCAUUUGACUUUCUUGAUACGGCUUCUGCUAACACGUUUCUGCGUGAAAAUAUGGAGGAUAUCACCGAAGGUGGCAAGCAGACAAUCACAGCAGUAGUCAGCGAUCCAGACUUGAUAUUUUAG